AUGGGAAAGGUCACAGUUAUUUUAGCUGGUGACUUCCGACAAACGCUACCAAUAAUAACAAGAGGAACGCUGGCUGACCAAAUAGAUGCGUCCCUGAAAAAUUCAUAUCCUUGGAAACAUACUGAAAUUAUAAUGCUUAAAAAAAACAUGAGGGUAUUUUUAACACAUAAUCCGACAUUUAAGGCUUUUUCAGAACAAUUACUACUCCUUGGUAAUGGAAAAUGGCCUGAGAAUUCGGAUAUUAUGAUUGAAUUUCCAUCUAACUUCUGCAAUAUUGUAAAUUCAACUGAAUCAUUAUUAAAAAACGUAUUCCCUGAAAUACAAAAGAAUUAUACCAAUCAUGAAUGGUGUUGUAAAAGGGCCAUUCUUGCCCCAACAAAUAAUAAAGUAAAUUACAUUAACAUAGAUAUAUCAUCCUCUCUUCCAGGAGAGAGUAAAACUUACAAAUCAAUCGAUACUGUAUGCAAUCCCAAUCACACAGUACACUACCCUAUGGAAUUCUUACAUUCUUUAGAAAUAUCGGGUUUGCCAUCACAUAUCUUAACUUUGAAAAUUGGAGCACCCAUAAUGCUUUUAAGAAAUAUUAAUCUGCCAAAAUUAUGCAAUGUUACGCGGUUAUAUGUUAAAUCUCUAAACAACAAUAUAUAA